AUGCGGCACAAGGCGUUUUGGAGUGCCCUGGAGUACACCUGCCGAUUGCUGGGCAUCUCCACCGCAGCAGUGCUGAUCGGUGUGGGCGUAGAAACUCUGCAGCGAGGACAGUUCAAAAGCCUGGCUUUCUAUCUGCUUUUUUCAGGGGUUGCAGUUACUGUCUGUGAAGGCUUCUUCUUUAUCAGUUUGUUCCUGGAGAUGUGCUUCACAUACAAGCCUGACUCCCUGGCACAGGCCUGCUGCAAGCGAGCUAGACGCCCAGGGAGCUUCCAGAAAUUCCUGGGGUACACGCUGCUCUCAGUGGCUUGCUUCCUGCAUCCUGUCCUCGUCUGGCACGUCACCAUCCCUGGGUCCAUGCUGGUGCUCACCGCCCUGGCCUACUUCAGGAAGAGCCCAGGGCACAAAGAGAUGCAUACCCAGGCGGGACAAUACGUGGACCCUUCAGGCACCGUGGCAGCCCCAACCAUCGCUGGUGACACUGAGCAGACCUACACCUUCCACGGGGCCCAGAGGGAGCAGCACCACUCGCUGCUGGGCCACAUGAAGAGCAUCCUGAAGGGCAGCAAGGACAGGAGCCCGGCCCCAGUAGCUCCUGCCCAAACAGCAGCCCCGCCAGCCCCACGCAAGCAAGUGCACUUCCAGGAGAAGAUGGUGCAGAUCAUCCCUUCUGUCAGCGAGAGCUUGGAGGACGUGGAGAGCGAGGCUGAAGACACCACAUCGGACACAACACCCAUCCUCACCCCGCCCGAUGCCCCCAUCAUCCUUGCUCCCCUCACCUAA